CUCUCCAUUUACAAUAUAAUAAGUACCCUGACAUGACAAACCCAAGAAAACAUAACAUAAUGAACCCUGGGAUAAGCUAAGCCAAAUUGAUUAUAGAAAACUCAGACCUCCUUUCAAACAUAUAAAUCCCCAUUGUCCAUUGCAACCUGCCAAGCAGAUGUAGACAGCCUCUUCUCUUCCGUUGAUAGCUAAAUAUGGUUCCCUAAGUCCCUCUUCAUUUUGUCUCUCUCAUAUCAAACUUUAUCCCUCUUGCUCUCAACCCUACAUCUCUGUUUGUGCCAGUUACCAAUGGAAAUUCAGUUCCAACAACAACAGCAGCAGCAACAGCAUCGAAAAUCAAGCAAUAUUCCUGUUAGCAAAGGGGGCAAAUUCAAGGGAAGGGAUAAAAACAACGGUAAGGUUAACAAGUUUGUUGGUGUGAGGCAAAGGCCUUCUGGUAGAUGGGUGGCUGAGAUCAAGGACACAACGCAGAAGAUCAGGAUGUGGCUUGGCACCUUUGAGACUGCUGAAGAAGCUGCUAGAGCUUAUGAUGAAGCUGCUUGCCUUCUCCGCGGAUCCAACACCCGAACCAACUUCAUUACACAGGUGUCCUUGGAUUCUCCUCUUGCUUCUCGGAUUCGGAAUCUUCUUAACAGCAAAAAAGGAGCUCAAGAGCAAAGUGUUCUAGUCUCAGCCCCCACAACGACUACCUCUGCAAGUACUAGCACCAGCCCCAGCCCCAGCCCCAGCAGUAGUACUAGCAGUAGUAGUUGCAAUAGUAGUAGAGGCUUAAGCAAUGAUAAUUCCUCUCCUACUGGAAUGGUUCAAGAUACUCAGUUGUUUGGAGAUGCAUAUAAGCCUGAUAUGAGCCACUGCACAAGGGGAUUUGAGUUUGCUUCAUCUCAAUCAGAUUUUUCUCAUACCUCUGAGCCAGGAUUUGAUAGGUUUCUUUAUACACAAGAAAUCAUGAAUUUUCCAAAGAAUGUUCUUUUGCCUGAGGAAACUGGCCCUGAGUUGACAGAAUUCCAAAGGAUGAAAGUCGAAAGGCAGAUAUCAGCUUCACUUUAUGCAAUGAAUGGAGUGCAGGAGUACAUGGAAACUGUCCAUGAUUCUGCUGAAGCCUUAUGGGAUCUUCCACCAUUAUGCUCUUUGUUCUGCUAAGUGCUAAAAUAUUAUUUUCAUUUGGUCUUUGUUUUCAUUUCUCCUUUUAAAAUCAACAGACUUAGAUGAUGUAGGUUUUGUUGCAAGUUAUUGUAAGGUUACAAGGACAAGCGAUAGCCAGAGAUUAAAGAUGAUUUCCAUUUUGUAAUGUCAACACAAAAAAUGAAAUUGGAAAAAAACCACAUGGAGAUGUCAUAACCAUCCCUUUGGAAGGUCUCCUCCAUCUCUCAAUACAAAGUCUAAGCAAUCAUGCUGAUUUAAAUAUGCCAUUAUUCCUCA